CCAAGAUUCUUGCAAAUAGAUAAACCACCCAAAACAACAGUGUUCUAGCCAUUAAGGGUUUGACUUCUGAGAGCAUAUAGAUUUCUGAGAAUUCUGAGUACAUACCUACUGAGAUCUGUUUAUUUGCGGGGCCAUCAUGUCACAGGAAUUCGGUCCAGAAGAUGAGUUUAGAAUUUUAGUCGCAACAGAUAAUCACCUGGGAUAUAAUGAAAAACAUGGUGAAAGAGGGGAUGACAGCCUGAUCACUUUUGAAGAGAUUCUUCAGCUGGCCCUAGAAAAAGAGGCUGAUUUUAUUCUGCUUGGUGGAGAUCUUUUCCAUGAAAACAAGCCUUCAAGAAAUUGUGUCAUUCAGUGUUCACAACUGCUGAAAAAGUACUGCUUUGGUGAUAGGCCCGUGUCCUUUGAAUAUCUGAGCGAUCCAAGCAAGGACUUCUGCAUGAAGGAGCCGCAGGUGAACUUUCAUGAUCCGAAUCUAAACAUCGCGAUGCCCGUGUUCUCGAUUCACGGAAACCACGAUGAUAUUAGCGGGCUCGGCGACACGGCUGCGCUGGAGCUGCUCUCGGUGGCCGGCCUGAUCAACUACUUCGGCCGGUGCACCGACCUGCGCGAGGUACAGCUGUCGCCCGUGCUGCUGCAGAAGGGACGCACCCGACUGGCGCUCUACGGACUGGGCAACAUUCGUGACGAGCGGCUGCACCGCAUCUUCACUGGCGGAAAGUUUCUGAUGCUGCGCCCCAAGGAGGACACAGAGAGCUGGUUCAACCUGUUCGUGCUGCACCAGAACCGCACCAAGCACGGCCCCAAGAGCUACAUCCCCGUGGAGUUUCUGGACGACUUCCUCGACCUGGUCAUCUGGGGCCACGAGCACGAGAACCGCCUGGAGCCGGAGUGGCAGGAGAUACGCAAACUGCACAUCUCCCAGCCGGGCAGUUCGGUGGCCACCUCGCUGUGUGACGGCGAGGCCAAGCCCAAGGCGGUCGGCCUGCUGCACGUGCGCGGCAAGGAGUUCAAGAUGGAGUCGCUGCCGCUGCGCACCGUGCGCCCGUUCAUGUUCCGCACGGUGCGCCUGGCGGACAGCGAGGCGGGCCGCGACCCGGCCGCCAGCGAUGCGGCCGAGCUGGCGCAGCAGUACGUGGCCGAGUGUGUGGAGCGGAUGCUGCUGGAGGCUGAGGAGCAGAUCACCGGCCACCCCCGUCAGCCGCGUCAGCCGCUGCUCCGUCUGCGAGUCGAGUACUCUGAGGAGGCGCAGCUGUUCCACACGGUGCGGUUCGGACAACAGUUUGCCGGCCGCGUCUCCAACUGGGAGGACAUGAUCUUGAUGAAGCGCGAGCGGUCAGAGCUCGACUCCAAGGACGUCAAGGACGGCCCCGUCAUGACGCAGACGCUGCCGCGGGAAGAGAUGCGAGUGGAAGACUUUGUUGCCAAGCACUUUUCCGAGAUGGAAGAGGGCACUGGCCUGCGACUGCUCAAUGAACUCAAAAUGGGCAUGGCAGUGAACCACUUCGUCGUCAAAGAGGACUCGACCGCCAUCGCAAAGGCGUUACAACACCAGAUCGGCGCGGCCGUGAAGAACCUGCUGUCGCGGAACCUGCUGGACGUCAGCGAGGACAGCAUCGGCGAGGAGCUGGACGCCAUCCGCGAGGAGCGCCGCCAGAGGAAGCUGGACAAACUGAACGCCACGGCGGCCACGGGCGACUCGGGCCUGGGCACCGGCACCACGGCGGCGCCCAGCGCGCGCAGGGACUCGGAUGAUGACGAGGAAGAGAUGCUGGAGGUGUUGGAGACGGACCCGGCGCCGCGGCGACCGGCCGCCCAGGAGGUCACCAUCCUGAGCUCCGACUCUGACGGCGACACAGAGAUGGACUGCCAGACAGCUCCGGCGCCUCCCGGCCGCCGCGGCAGGGGAGCGGCGGCCACCACCGGCCGGGGCGGACGGGGCCGGGCCGGCCGCGGCGCCGGCGACGCCCGAACGCCGGCCGCCCCUCGCGGCAGAGGCGGGCGGGGUCGCGGCAGGGCUGCUGCGAACAAGGGUAUGGUGCCCCUGGAGACCAUGUUCGCGGCCGCCUCCCGCUCAUCCCGCGCCUCCCAGUCGCAGUCGCAGUCCCAGUCGCAGUCGGCCAGCAGUCGCAGACCGUCCCGGGCCGCCUCCAAGGGAAUCGUGUUCGACAGCGACAGCGACUGAGGCGGCCGACACUCCGCAGUGUGCCGGGUACUCAUUACCGGGCCGACACUCCGCAGUGUGACUGAACCGGGUACUCAUUGUCGGGCCGACACUCCACAAUGUGUGACUGAACCGGGUACUCAUUGCCGGGCCGACACCCCGCAGUGUGUGACUGAACCGGGUAGGUACUCAUUGCCGGGCCGACACUCCAUAGUGUGACUGAACCGGGUACUCAUUGCCGGACCGACACUGCACAGUGUGUGACUGAACCGGGUACUCAUUGCCGGGCCGACACUCAGCAGUGUGUGAGUGAACCGGGUACUCGUUGCCGGGCCGACAAUCCGGCUCCAUUCCAUGCCAUCUUUGUGAUAAUGGGUCGUGGCUGUGAUCCACCAGGCGUUCGGUCCGGUGCUCACCGCUGGUGUGCGUCAAUUACUGUGUGCGGGUAUCUUUGUGACCUGCAGUCGAAUGUCGCGUUGUCGUUUUUUAUAUAUAACCUGGAAAAUUGUUCUCGCUCGUCAUGGACGAAAUAUAAGCAUCACGCUU